AUCACUGCUCAUCAUCUUAAACAAUAAAGUAUCACUUCUUCCUCCUCUUCUUCUCAGGAAGACCAUCCUGGUAAUGACGAUAACGAUGAUGAUGAUGCUGAUGACGAUGAUGAUGGUCACCUUGGAAAUUCCUUAGUUUAAACCGGUAUGGUUUUAGUAUAGAUUUGCCCUUCCCUGUUUUUUACAGGUCAGCAUUAGAAGCCAUUGUGAGGCUGGGAAUAUAUAAGGCAGGAUCCUUCACAACCUGAAAAGCAUCAGCAUCAUUUGAACAACCUGUUGACUGCAAUCCUUCAGAGAGAAAGAAUAGAGAAGAGCAACGGGACAAACAACUGUCUGAAGCCAUGAUCUCCACAUUACAGAAAACCAUUCGACCAGUGUGGGCUGUCAGAGGACUGCAUAAGUCUGCAGUUGAAGUCUUGAAGAGCCCCGGCCCUGAAGACACAGUCACAGCCAGCUAUGGGAGGUUUAUAAGUGAAGUAAAGCCGCAGAACUUGUCAUCAGUGGUGCUUCACCGCAGCAAGAGAAUGGUGCUGGACAGCAUCGGAGUUGGUCUGAUUGGCAGCACUACAGACGUGUUUGAAUUGGCCCUGCAGCACUGCCAGCACAUGUAUGCUCCUGAUGACAUCAGUUCUGUUUACGGACGCAGGGGAAGCAGGCUCUCUCCGACACUGGCUGCUUUCGUCAAUGGAGUGGCUACUCACUCCAUGGACUUUGAUGAUACAUGGCACCCUGCCACUCACCCCUCAGGAGCAGUCCUCCCUGCUGUGUUAGCACUCAGUGACAUGAUGCCUAGCAGCAAACCCAGUGGCCUGGACUUCCUGCUGGCAUUCAACGUCGGCAUUGAGAUCCAGGGCAGAUUGAUGAGGUUCUCUCAUGAGGCCCACAACAUCCCUAAGAGGUUUCACCCUCCCAGCGUUGUGGGAACCAUGGGCAGUGCAGCCGCCUGUGCUCGCCUCUUGUCCUUAAGUCACUCCCAGUGCAGUCAUGCCUUGGCUAUAGCUGCUUCUCUCUCUGGAGCCCCAAUGGCUAAUGCUGCCACUCAGUCCAAACCACUUCACAUCGGUAAUGCCUCACGUUUGGGGCUGGAGGCUGCUUUGCUGGCCUCGCGAGGCCUCGAGGCAAGUCCUCUGGUCCUGGAUGCUGUUGCUGGUGUGGCUGGCUUUAAUGCCUUUUAUGAAGACUAUGUUCCCGAGCCUUUAGAAUCCCCCAAUGACGGCCAUGUGUUCCUGCUAGAGGAGCAGGACAUGGGCUUCAAGCGCUUCCCGGCCCAUCUGGGGAUGCAUUGGGUAGCAGAUGCUGCAGCCUCGGUCCAUAAGCUUCUAGUGGGGUUUGGCCCUGGCAUUAUCUCCCCAUCUCAAGUCCAAGACAUCCUGCUCAGAGUCCCCAAAUCAAAGUACAUUAACAGGCCAUUCCCUGAAUCUGAGCAUGAGGCACGCCACUCCUUCCAAUUCAAUGCUUGCAGCGCUCUCCUGGAUGGCGAGGUGACCGUGCAGUCCUUCACACCUGCUGCCCUGAGGCGCCCAGACCUCCUUGCUCUGCUGAGUCGUGUUCGCGUGGAGCAUCCCCAAGACAACCCUGCCAAUUUCAACAGCAUGUAUGGGGAAGUCCAGGUGACACUUGUUGAGGGAGAAAUUCUGAAGGGACGCUGUGACACUUUCUACGGUCACUGGCGAAACCCGUUGACCAACGAGAGCCUGAGGAAGAAGUUCAGAAACAACGCCGGAGCGGUGCUUCGCUCAGAGCAGGUGGAGAGGCUGAUUGAUGUGGUGAAGGAGCUGGACACACUUGGGGACUGCAGGGACCUUCUGUCACAGCUGCAAUGAGACAAACACAAUGACAAUGAAUUAGAAAUUAUUGUGUGCAAAAAUAUAUAAAAUACAUUGAACAAAGAUGUAUUUUUUUCCCCCAAAUCAAAGCUGAAAGACUUUAAUGUGUUUACCUAAUGUAAUAGGUAAUGGUGAAAAGCAUUUUUAUGAAAUGUACAUUGUGCUGUGUUAUUGUAGUAGUCAUAUAGGUGGGCUUUAAGUUGUAAAAUGUGAUCUAGUAACAUAACAAAAAGGAAAUUAGGGAAAAUUAAUUAAUUACAUUCAUUUAUAUAUUACGUUUUUAUUUGUACAUUAUUAUUCAAGAUUCAAGAUUCAAGAAGCUGUAUUUAUCCCGAGGGAAAAGUGUGUUCGUACUUUCAGAUAUUAACUUUACAUGUUGUCAAAAUACUGCACUCUGUGUUUUUUGUGCCCAAUAAUGUUAGUGUCUAUUUCUACACUACAAAUGUUCAAUGCUUUAAACAUGUAAAUAUAAAACUGUUUUAUCUUCCACAUUUCAGAAUUUCAAACAUGUAGCAUUUCUGUUUGUGUUAUGAGCUUUAAUAA